UAACAAACUGUCGUUGCCCACUUGCAAGUUUACACAAUCACAAGCAAGCACAAUAGAGCGCCAACCAUUGCAGAUAAGAAAAAUCCCCAACGAAAACCGCGAACUACACGUGUCGGCCACGCGUUUUUUCUUCCUGAAUUUCUCCGAGAUUUUUCAAUCCUCUCUGCAGCACUGCGCCACCAGCUGACCGUUGAAGCCAGAGAGACAGAGAUUCGGGGAAGGGAAAGAUGUCGGCUGCUUCACUUUGUUCGUCAACUCUCAAGUCCCAGCAGAUCAGCGGACUCGGCGGAGGUCUUAAGCUUCAAAAACCAUCUGUUUCUCAACCCACUUCUCUGACCUUCACAAGGAGGAGAUGUAGGACUCUGGUGAAGGCUUCAUCUCGGGUUGAUAAAUUCUCGAAAAGUGACAUCAUUGUUUCACCAUCUAUUCUUUCUGCUAACUUUGCCAAGUUGGGAGAGCAGGUAAAAGCUGUAGAGUUGGCAGGUUGUGACUGGAUUCAUGUCGAUGUGAUGGAUGGCCGUUUUGUUCCAAAUAUUACCAUUGGACCUCUUGUGGUUGAUGCUUUGCGUCCUGUGACAGACCUUCCCUUGGACGUGCAUCUGAUGAUCGUGGAGCCUGAACAGCGAGUGCCAGAUUUUAUCAAAGCUGGAGCAGACAUAGUCAGUGUUCAUGCUGAACAAUCUUCCACCAUCCAUUUACACCGUUCAGUUAAUCUGAUAAAGAGUCUGGGAGCUAAAGCUGGAGUUGUGCUCAACCCUGGCACCCCUCUAACGGCAAUUGAGUAUAUCCUCGAUGUGGUCGAUCUGGUCUUGAUUAUGUCGGUAAACCCUGGCUUUGGUGGGCAGAGCUUCAUAGAAAGCCAAGUGAAGAAAAUUGCAGACUUGAGAAGAAUGUGUGUGGAGAAAGGAGUGAACCCAUGGAUUGAAGUGGAUGGCGGAGUUGGUCCAGCAAAUGCGUACAAGGUUAUUGAGGCCGGAGCUAAUGCUCUUGUUGCUGGUUCUGCUGUCUUUGGAGCUAAAGAUUACGCUGAAGCUAUUAAAGGAAUCAAGACCAGCAAAAGGCCUGUAGCAGUUGCAGUGUGAAAUGACGUCCAAAUGAUCGUGUUGUUGCUGUUCAUCAUUGCCAUAAAUUUACGUCCGACCUAGGAAGCAUACUCAUCACAUCUUCUUCUCCUCGGAUGUCCUUUCGGUUCGUGCAAUAUGUCUUGUACUAAAAAAUGCAGAGAAACUGAUAAGCAACUAAGCCUGCGGUUCGCCUAGGACACAUAGGUUCUGUACCAGUUCCUUGGCUAUGUAUGUAAGAGAUCACUCCAAUCUUAAUGAAGCAUUUUUCUUGUCUUUC